GUUGAUUGACAGGAGGGGGAAUGGAGCGCGAGGGGAGGGGGAGCGCGAGCUGAAGGCGUCCGUCACCAAGUUAGAGCGACGCCGAGAGAGAGGGAGAGAGAGAGAGAGAGAAGCGUGGAUUAAAGAGCGGGAGAGACACACAGAGAGAGAGACACUAAGGAGAUUCAUAUUCGCUUCAAGAAUUAAACAGAGAAAGAAAGAGAGAGAGAGAGAGACUGAGGAGAUCAGAGAAAGAGAGAGAAAAAAAGAAAAAGAGAGAGAGACUGAGGUUGAGGAGAUUCACAUUCGCUUCAAGAAUUUAAGAGAAAAUAUCAAACACUCUCUGAGGAGAAAGGCUGUGUCUGUCUGUCUGUCUGUCUGUGGAGGUCGCUUUUUUUUAAGAGUAUUAUUUCUUCUCUUGUGGUGCUGCGGCAGAGUAUGGACGAUCAAUCCAGGAUGAUGCAGACUCAUCCCGGUGUAAGCUUGGCUGGACACUCGGUGCAGGGGGGCAUGGGUUUGCCUCCACAUGUGCAAGGACAUGAAGGUGCAGACGGCGACGGGAGGAAACAAGACAUCGGGGAUAUCCUUCAUCAGAUCAUGACCAUCACCGAUCAGAGUCUGGAUGAAGCACAAGCAAAAAAACACGCGUUGAAUUGCCACAGAAUGAAGCCGGCCUUGUUCAGCGUCCUGUGCGAAAUAAAAGAAAAAACAGGUCUCAGUAUCCGAGGUGCUCAGGAGGAGGAGCCCCCAGACCCCCAGCUGAUGAGGCUGGACAACAUGUUGCUGGCAGAAGGUGUCUCUGGACCAGAAAAGGGCGGAGGAGCAGCGGCGGCAGCAGCAGCGGCAGCGGCGUCUGGGGGAUCAGGAUCAGAUAACACUGCAGAACACUCCGACUACAGAGCCAAACUAUCUCAGAUCAGACAGAUCUACCACACGGAGCUGGAGAAGUAUGAGCAGUUGCAGGCAUGUAAUGAGUUCACCACACACGUGAUGAACCUCCUACGGGAGCAGAGCCGGACACGCCCAAUUUCACCAAAAGAGAUUGAGAGGAUGGUCAGCAUUAUCCAUCGAAAAUUCAGUUCCAUCCAAAUGCAGCUGAAGCAGAGCACGUGCGAAGCAGUCAUGAUCCUGCGAUCACGAUUUCUGGACGCCAGACGGAAACGACGCAACUUUAGCAAACAAGCGACGGAAAUUUUGAACGAGUAUUUCUACUCUCACCUCAGCAAUCCAUAUCCCAGCGAAGAAGCCAAAGAGGAGCUGGCAAAGAAGUGCAGUAUCACAGUAUCACAGGUGUCGAACUGGUUUGGCAACAAGCGAAUUAGAUAUAAGAAGAAUAUCGGGAAGUUUCAAGAAGAAGCCAACCUGUACGCCGCCAAAACCGCCGUCAACGCUGCCCACGCUGUAGCAGCCGCAGUUCAGAACAGUCAAGCAAACUCUCCCACCACACCCACCUCCGGUUCUUCUGGUUCUUUUAACCUACCAAAUUCUGGGGACAUGUUCAUGAACAUGCAGAAUCUGAAUGGGGAUUCUUACCAAGUGUCCCAAGUCGGAGCCAAUGUGCAAUCACAGGUGGAUUCCCUGCGUCAUGUUAUCAAUCAGACGGGCGGUUACAGUGAUGGCCUCGGAGGGAAUUCGCUGUACAGUCCCCACAGUUUGAGCGCUAAUGGAGGAUGGCAAGAUGCAACGACUCCAUCUUCUGUGACUUCACCAACAGAAGGACCUGGAAGUGUGCACUCUGAUACCUCGAACUGAUCUCCUAGCAACAUCCAUUCCCUGAGCCAACAGGCUUUGAUUAGCACUGACCAGUAGGAGAAGAGAAGUGGAUGUCCUGUAACCCAGUCGCCUGCUGCUUUACUGUAAAACCCUGUUGUUUGGUGGGGAAAAAAAAACCAAAUUACCUAAAAUUCCACUUUAGGAAGAGGCAUGCGUGUUAGAUUCUCUUUGAAAGUACAAUUUUGCUUCCAUUAAAUACCGCAGAGUCUUGCCUUACUAAAGCCAGCGGUUCAGACAGAGGUUCACUUAGCUGUAGCAAUUUUUUCAGCCUUUAAAAUGGAACAACAGCGAUUUAUAACAUGGAGCCAUGAUGGGUGAAAAUGUUUUUGAAGAUUUAUAUGUGCAAGAUGUUAUUGUGAAGCUUCUUGGCCCUCUUGAGGUAUGAAUGCAUGUUUCAAUUUGACUGCAAGACAAAAGAACGCUGGUACACAGGCAAGGGCUCAUAAAUUAAUGAAGUUGGCAAAGCUGAACUCUGUUCUCUCUUUCUAAAACAAUUUUAGCGAGAUACCUAGAGCUGAUAGCUUGCUUGGAACUACUGAGCAUCAUAGGAUAUCAACAUUUUGAUAAAUAAAAAAAAAGUCUUUAUCAAAACUGUACGACGGCAUUUACUAAAGACUCAUUCGGAGGAAUUUAUUAGCCGUUCCAUUGUCCCCAUGUAUAAAUAUACCUGGGACGUGAAGAACUGCCCGUCUUUCCUGAGACAUAAUAUUGCAACUGAGUGUUAUUUACCGUUAUGAUUUUCUCCACACUAACUCGAUGCCAGCCUUUGUAAUGCUUUGUUCCCGAAUUUCCUCUGCCAGUUGGAGUCUGGGUUUUACAGUGCUAGCUGGGUGCAGCAUUCACACACUCUCAGCUUUGCUACGUCAGCCGAUGUGUGGCAGGAAAUGGUGAUGUUCACAAGGAGUCCUGUAAAUAGUGUAGGUAAAGAGUAUUUAUACAUCUCACCAAUCAAGACACAGCUUUAUUACCUCAUGCAAACUCAUAUGAACCAAUAGAAUCCCAACAUGUUCUGUAGCUUAGAGUCCUCACUUACUACCUCUGAACAAUAUUCACACAGUAGUUUGUCUUUCUUACCUGUUUUUUUUGCAUCUUGUAAUUAACUUUUUUUCCUUUCUUCAUGUAAUCUAAUGUACAUUGGAUCUUUUACGAAAUCAGGGUUGCCGCGGCAACUAUUAAAAAAAAUCCUAAAAACGGAAGUUUGGUUAUCAGCUUAAGUCUCACACACACACAGUUCGACUAUUGUAAAUACUGAAGAUCAUUUUGAAUGUUGGUCAUAUCAUUACUAAAACCACGCGCAAAAAAUAAAUUGUAAGACAUACAGGAUUCAGUAUUCGGUACUGUAUAUUUCACCCUGUGUAACGGGGAGCCCCUCCUUUCUCCCAUUUUUUUGUAUUGUAUGCAAUUCUGAUACUGAUUGAGUCAUGGAAAUAAUUUGUGGCGGUGAUAUAUAAUGUAUUAAAAAGUUUCGUGUUUCUUUCUAACUGGACUACACCCUGGAUUGAGAAGUCUUCCUUCCUUGUGGUAGUUAAAUGUAGUUGAAAUCUUAAAUAAACUUUUUUCCUUUCACGAUGCAA